AUGAUGAACUUUUUCGACCGAAAAUAUGAACCGGGUCAUCAUAAACCCCUCCCACGUGAGGUGGGUCUUCAGAUGCUUGCCUGUGAGGGAGAAAAUGUCCCUGUGAUCGUCCAGCUUCUGGACUGGCAUGAUUUUUGGGACCGCUACGUCAUGGUCCUGGAGCGCCAUUCUCCCUGUGAGGACAUUCUCAGUUUCAUGGAUCGCACAAGGGGCAGCAUAACAGAGAACAUAGCGCAGUUUAUCUUCAGGCAAGCGACUGAAGCUGCAGAAAUCUGCUGCAAGCGGGGGGUCUUCUACAGGGACAUAAAACUGAAAAACCUUCUGAUAAACCCAAACACGCUGGAGGUCAGAAUAAUCAACUUCAGGUGCAGCGAUCUUCUUAAAGAAUCAGCCUACACAGGGUAUUGGGACACAUAUGAGUACACCUGCCCCGAACUUCAUAAAACGGGCUACUACUACUGCAAGCCGGCGACGGUUUACUCACUCGGGAUGCUGUUGUAUGCCAUGGUGUGCGGGGCAUUUCCCGGCUCUCUGAGCCUCAAGCGGAUCAUUGAGAAGACAUGGAGCAAAGACGGCUUGACUGAAGAAUGCUGCGAUUUGAUUCAAGUCUGUCUACAGGAGGAUCCAGAAGAGCGUAUCGAUCUGGAAAAGAUCCUUGGCCACAAGUGGUUUCAGAAAUCGAUGGCCGGCAGUUUGACCUGAUCUGCAGAAUGCAGCAUGGAGGCGAUUUUGGAGCCGUCUAUGACUUGAUUUUUUUACUCUUAUUUUUCUUUUUUUUUCUUCUGUUAAUGUUUUUAAUAUCAUAUCGUCAUAUUCCUUCCUAACCUUAAUGUAGUUCUGCUCGGUUGUGACAAAAAUCAUAAUCACGAUUAUUUUGACCAAUAUUGAGAUCCCGAUUAACAUGAUUACUCACUAACUUUUCAAACAGCAUAGAAAAGUAAAAAAACACCUUUUAAACUGUGAAUUCAACUGAACAAUAAAUGUAAAGAAAUCGCACAGCUGAACCACUGUUUGUAAUUGACAAUUACAAUUAAUUUUCGAUUAAUUGCACAGCUCUAUCUUAAAUAUCUUCAUAGUCUAAAACAAAAUUAGGUUUGUACUUAAAAACUGAGUUAAAUCCUUGAUUGUUGAGCCACCUUCAUCUAUUCAUGAUUACAUUUUUCUUUCUUCUAGCCGGGUCGUCCUGAACCCCUCCCACGUGACCACGUCUUCAGAUGCUUGCCUGUGAGGGAGAAAAUGUUCCUGUGAUCGUCCAGUGAGGGUCAACUGUAGUUCUGAAUGAUAUAACGCAGAGGACGACUAUUAAUAUAAAACAGAAUGCUGCGAUUUGAUUCAAGCCGGUCUACAGGAGGAUCCAGAAAAGCGUAUCCACCUGCAAGAGAUCCUUAACCACGCAUGGUUUUAGAAAUGGAGGUGAGGGAGAAGUGGACCUCUCUCAAAACAGAGGCAUUGCUGACAGAUGAUCUGUGGCACCUGCGUAGGUAUCACGCGUCAUCUUUAUCAGCAUAUGCUAUUCAGCACUUGACAUACAAGAGGUAGGCCUAUGUGUUAAAUAUGUUCUCAUCAUUAUAAACAGCCUGAAAAGCCAAUGCAAGUCAAAUGCUUUCCCAUCGUAAACUACAGGACAAUGGAGGGGGUGAAAAGACGAGGAAUUGUUUCUCUCGUCAGUGAUUCCGAAAUCCAGGUAUGUACAGUAUACAGUAUAUUCAUCUGGAGCACCAGGAGUCUUCCCAGUUGGCCCCACUGAUAGGAUGAAUGGAUGGAGGGCCCCGUCCCUGGAACAUGGACAGAGCUGGUGUAUUGUGGUAUGUUGCGUGGGUGUGGUGGGCUGCUCUUGGCAAAGAACUCCAGGGCCACUUUUUAGUCCCAGUCUGAGGAAUUAAAAAAUAUGUUUAGUAUAGAUUGCUGAUACAAAUUACUUUUCAGGACACCUUCCAGGGGAUUCAUCAAGGCUCCGUAAAACCCACAUGGAACCAGUGGUGACAAUCAAAGGCCGGAAAGGUCAUCUCAGUACCCCAAACUUUUCAUCCUGCAUUGUCGGCGCAUAUGGAGGACCUCCUUGCAAAAAUAAGCAAUGUUCUGUUUGAGGGCAGGAAGGAACAAUUGCUAGAAAACAUUCAGGUGGUUUUUAAAGAACUGAUUCCCGAGCUCAGCAUUCUGAUACUGAGAAGAACCAAAGGGUUCAGUACAUUUUGGGCAGAGAUGUCAUA